GACAAGUUGGGGAAAAUCAAAUCUAAUUGAUAUCGUCGAGGACUGCACGAUAGUCUCUUGAAAUAGCUCGAGUCACCGACAACGUUUCCGAGUCAUCUGACAGCCGGUGAAGGGGUGUCCUUAUUGAUUAAUAGACGCAUGCGCCAACUAUUUUUGGUACAUACAUGUCGGAUCGCAGUUGUUUUCGAUCUCUCAGUACCGUUCCCAUCGUCUGUUGCAAAGCAUCGCUCGCGAAAGUGUCUUCUCUGAUUCCUCCGAUCAGACAAGCAGGAUCGAGUGUCAUGAGAAGAGUUCCUCCGGCAAGAAUCAUCAUCAUCCUGACUUGACGUUGGGUAAAAUAUGUCUGUUCGUUGCUAAUUUUGUACUAGAUUUUUUGAUAUUGCUCGACAAUCCGAGCAAAGGAUCUAAAAGAUAUCGGAGAAAGAUAAAUAUAAUUGAGUGUCAAGAAAGAUAAAAGGGAUCAAUACACAUCGAUAUAUCGAGACAUUCAUUGACGUAUCUGAUGCGGGCCAGCGAUUGAAGUCCUGACCCCGUGGACAUCAGACGGAAAGUUACGUCCCUGAAGAUGCUCAUCGGGGUUGCUCGGGGACAACCGCAGGCUCUCGGGGAUGAAACGACCGCGCCUACACGUGUCCUCGCGAGUGGCAGGUUUCCUCAGUCCGAUCUCGCGGCAACAACGUUCAACAAGUACGAGAAGCGAUGGCGUCCUCGCGGCGGUUCUUCGAUCGCGGUAUUUUUACGAGCGGAUGACAUUUCGAUGACAUGUGACACCUGCGAGUGAUGGAUCGUCAGCCGCCGAGAGCGUCAGCACGCGAUCGACGUAUCGAAGGUUUCGCUACGUGCCAAACUGAGGGUGGAACCUAAAACUUUGAUCGCGUACAUAAAGACCAAUGACUCGGAACGAGAGAGUGAAAUGUUCUUAGAUCUAUACUCGGUCUUUAUAUAUGCUAAUUAGAAUAUGUCAGAAACUAAUCUAGCGAUUCAGGAAAAGUCGAUCAUCUUCAAAGCGAUCUGGAAGAGAGAGCAGUGGAUCCACAAAGUCCCAAUCUUUUCCCUGUGAAGAUACAACUGCACCGAACGCCUUAGACAAUUUCGCCAGAGUACCUGAAGGUUCGACGUGGUACAUCAUGGAUAAUCGUUUGCGAAAAAUCGAUGGAGUGCGAUCUCGUCGAUUUAGCCCAGAGGAGGAAGGAUCCUGAGAGAAGUUGCCUGCUCCUCGGUUGUUAUUUAAUCGGUUGGCGAGCUGCGACGGAACGGGUGGCAUGUCGAAAUACAGCCGCGCCCCGUCUUUAAUAAUAGAUAAAAAACGUAGGCGUCCGUGCCGGAAAAAGAACAGAAAUCGAGAGCCUCAGGAGAGAGAGACGGAUGCAGAAAAAGAGAGAUCCUAACUUCUGGCUCGGCCGAUGCUGAGGAGAAACGCACGUCACAGUAUUUUCUCCGGCUGGUUAUUAUUUCUAUCGGCCGUUGUUGAUCGAAUUUCGAUUAACGUCGCGAGCAAUUUGAAUGGCGGAGAAGAGCAGGAGGACUGUCCGCCCCAGGUCGAUACGAUGAGAGUGCGAGAGGCGUAUCUGCGUGUCCCCUGGAAAUGACAUUGCCGUCGAUGCAGAGGAACCUGCUGGGACUGACGCUGCUGAUCGUCAUCGGCCUGACGGUUUUCCUACUCAGCAGGAAGCUUACGCUGGAGGCGCGGAAGCGGGACAGCUUGCUCCUCGAUAUGAUCGCCAACAUCAGCGGUAGCCUGGAUCGACUCGACGGCGGUCUCAACGACAUCGUCUCCCAGACGGGAACCGCACGAAAUCGCUUGCGGCACCUGAUCGUUCUUCAUCGUGAGAACCUCCUGGUGUGCGCGUUGCUCGGCGAGAAACAAAGACACAGGCGGAUGUCCGGCGAGGAGAAGACGACCAAAGUACGUCGCGUCGUCCAAUCGUCUAUAACCGGUUCGAAAGAUUCUUAUGGGACGUAAAGGCAUAUUAGAUCGAUGCGCACACCAGAAAUUAAAUCGCACUGAAUUUACCCAGCAAACACAGAAUAUUGCAGCAACAUUGCUGCAAUGUUGUAAUAUUGCAGUAAC